ACACCAUAAGAAUCGAACGGUCAGCAUGGCAUCUGUUGCUUUUUUAUAUUGAAACUCAUUCUUCAUCCUCAUUUGGUCUCUCUUCUUCUCCUCUUACCUCUGUGCAUUCUCUUCAGCUCUUUGCCUUCCAUCACUUUUGGCAUUUCCCUUUCCAAGAUAGUAGAAGAUGGCAGAAGCUGAGGAUAUUCAACCUCUUGUUUGUGACAAUGGAACAGGAAUGGUUAAGGCUGGAUUUGCUGGAGAUGAUGCCCCACGUGCUGUGUUUCCCAGCAUUGUAGGUCGUCCUCGUCACACUGGUGUGAUGGUUGGCAUGGGCCAAAAAGAUGCAUAUGUUGGUGAUGAGGCACAGUCUAAGCGUGGUAUUUUGACUCUCAAGUACCCCAUUGAACAUGGAAUUGUGAGCAAUUGGGAUGAUAUGGAAAAGAUUUGGCAUCAUACCUUCUAUAAUGAGCUUCGUGUUGCCCCAGAAGAGCAUCCAGUUCUGCUAACUGAGGCUCCUCUUAACCCCAAGGCUAACCGUGAGAAGAUGACCCAAAUCAUGUUUGAGACUUUUAAUACCCCUGCUAUGUAUGUAGCCAUUCAAGCUGUUCUUUCACUUUAUGCAAGUGGUCGUACAACUGGUAUUGUGCUGGAUUCUGGUGAUGGUGUCAGCCACACUGUACCUAUCUAUGAGGGUUAUGCCCUCCCACAUGCCAUCCUUCGUCUUGACUUGGCUGGUCGUGACCUAACUGAUUUCUUGAUGAAAAUUUUGACUGAACGUGGGUAUUCUUUUACCACCUCAGCAGAGCGUGAGAUUGUGAGGGAUGUGAAAGAAAAGCUGGCUUACAUUGCCCUUGACUAUGAGAAAGAGCUGGAGACAGCCAAGACCAGCUCUUCCGUUGAGAAGAGCUACGAGUUGCCCGAUGGUCAGGUAAUCACUAUUGGUGAUGAGCGUUUCAGAUGUCCAGAGGUUCUGUACCAACCAUCCAUGAUAGGAAUGGAAGCAGCAGGCAUUCAUGAGACAACAUACAACUCCAUAAUGAAAUGUGAUGUUGAUAUCAGGAAAGACCUGUAUGGUAACAUUGUCCUUUCAGGAGGAACAACCAUGUUCCCAGGCAUUGCUGAUAGAAUGAGCAAGGAAAUUUCUGCAUUAGCUCCCAGCAGCAUGAAGAUUAAGGUGGUUGCGCCACCUGAGAGAAAAUACAGUGUCUGGAUUGGUGGUUCUAUCUUGGCAUCCCUUAGCACCUUCCAGCAGAUGUGGAUUGCAAAGGCAGAAUAUGAUGAGUCUGGACCAUCAAUUGUGCACAGAAAAUGCUUCUAAAACUGUUUUGAGAAAUAGGGUUAUUGAAGGGAAAGAAAGACUACUGUUAUGAUUCCUUGGGAAGCAGUGCAGCUUGAAACCCUUUCAUUCUAGCUUUUGUUAUCCGUUGAUGUUAUUAUUAUUUAUGUUGGGAGUGAUGAUUUGCAGAAGGCGAGGAGUUGUUUUUUGUUUUUUUCUUUUCUUUUCUUUUCAAAAUGGUCCAGUUCUUUUCUCUAUUUAUAAGUUUUUGACUGGUUCAUUCUGCCUAUGAAUUAGCUGGGAUUAUUAAACUACUCGUGUGCCCUUGAAUUUAUAUGCAAAAUUAUAGUCCUUGAUCUCCUUGAGUUACAAAUUUAACUU